GAUCCGCGGGACCGAGCGGCGCAAUGCAGAGGCUGCAGGUGGUGCUGCGCCGUGCUUGAGCGGCGCCUCUCAGGCCUCGGCCGCGGACAUAGUGGUGGUGCACGGGCGGCGCACCGCCAUCGGCCGAGGCGGCCGCGGCGGCUUCAAGGACACUACCCCCGAUGAGCUGCUCUCGGCUGUCAUGACCGCUGUUCUCCAAGACGUCAGGCUGAGCCCGGCAGAGCUGGGGGACAUCUGCGUGGGAAAUGUGCUUCAGCCAGGGGCCGGGGCAGUCAUGGCUCGAAUCGCUCAGUUUCUGAGUGACAUCCCAGAGACUGUGCCUUUGUCCACUGUCAAUAGACAGUGUUCGUCCGGGCUGCAGGCAGUGGCCAACAUAGCUGGUGGCAUCAGAAAUGGGUCUUAUGACAUUGGCAUGGCCUGUGGUGUGGAGUCCAUGUCCCUGGCUGACAGAGGAAACCCUGGAAAUAUUACUUCACGCUUGGUGGAGAAGGAGAAGGCCAGAGACUGCCUGAUUCCUAUGGGGAUAACUUCAGAGAAUGUGGCUGAGCGUUUUGGCAUUUCCCGAGAGAAGCAGGAUACCUUUGCACUGGCUUCCCAGCAGAAGGCAGCCAGAGCCCAGAGCAAGGGCUGCUUCCAGGCAGAGAUUGUGCCCGUGACCACCACAAUCUAUGAUGGCAAGGGCACUGAGAGGAGCAUCACUGUGGCCCAAGAUGAGGGCAUCCGCACCAACACCACCAUGGAAGGCUUGGCCAAACUGAAGCCUGCCUUCAAGGAGGGCGGCUCUACUACAGCUGGAAACUCUAGCCAGGUGAGUGAUGGGGCAGCCGCCAUCUUGCUGGCCCGGAGGUCCAAGGCAGAAGAUUUGGGCCUUCCUAUCCUUGGAGUCCUGAGGUCCUAUGCAGUGGUUGGGGUCCCACCUGACAUCAUGGGCAUUGGACCUGCCUAUGCCAUCCCUGUAGCUUUGAAGAAAGCGGGGCUGACAGUGAAUGAUGUGGACAUCUUUGAGAUCAAUGAGGCUUUUGCAAGCCAGGCUGUCUACUGCGUGGAGAAGCUAAAACUCCCCCUGGAGAAGGUGAACCCCCUGGGGGGUGCAGUGGCCUUGGGCCACCCAUUGGGCUGCACUGGGGCACGACAGGUCAUCACACUGCUCAAUGAACUGAAGCGCCGUGGGAAGAGGGCAUAUGGGGUGGUAUCCAUGUGCAUUGGCACCGGAAUGGGAGCUGCUGCUGUCUUUGAAUAUCCUGGGAACUGAGUGAGGCCCCAGGAAGCUGGCGGGCUAGGGGCGCUAUCCAGACAGCCCUGCUCUGGCAGCAGGAGAUCAUCAACACUACAAAUGAAGUCACAUGGGAAAAUUUAGCACUGGUGGUGGUGGCAGUAGUGGGUAAAUCAAACCCUUCCACAAAUUUGGCAUUAUGAACACUGUUGAUACAAUAAAAGAGUGAGUGG